CGGACGCGCGCUUUUGUCCUGGGCAGGAGGCGGAGCUGGUGCCUGAACGAUCGAGCACAGCCUACCAAACAGCGCGCUGGUGUGUGUGUAUGUGUGUGUGCGAAAGAAAGAGAGAGGGAGCGUGAGUGUGUGUGUGUGUGUGUGAGAGAGAGAGAGAGAGAGAGAGCAGAGCGGUGGAUAUGGCCAAGGAGAGCGAAUAAAACUCACACGAGCACUUGUUCGUCAGACAAUUGUAAGUGUGAAGCAUCCCGCAGCCGCGCAUCCUACCAGAUACGCAUCAACAAACGAGAAUAUUAGUUUUACAAUCACGGAGCCUCGUUGCCUCCAGAGUUUCUCUAACCCUACGGCGGGACACGGUUCUCUCUUUCCCGCAUUUAAACUCUUACCAUCCAGCUGCCUGCAUCCAUUUCUGCUCCGUCCGCGAAGGACCAUCAGCGGUGCUCUCGUAUCGGACUAUUGGAUUUGGGUUGACGCCAUGGGGACAGAGGGAGGGGGUCUUCGCCAUGGAUUCUGACUUUUUAAACACUUAAAACAAACCUAUAGAUUGCGAAACCCCGUGUUUAAGUAGUUUUACGCUUCAGGUCGCAUCUCUUCCUGCCCUUCUUCACCGAACGGGAUGGUUCCGGCGCAGCGUCGCGUGGGGUGAGAAGAUCUUGCAAGACUGAGAAGAAAAGCGAGAGAUCGAGGGAUUAUGGCACUCUUCGCGCUCUGUCUUUUUAUUCUGACGCUCACCUGCACGAACUUUGACCUGGUGACUGCAGCCAGGCACGCGGUACACUGGAACAGUUCAAACAUUCUACUUCGUAAGGAGGGCUACACAGUGCAGGUGAAUGUCAAUGACUAUCUGGAUAUCUACUGUCCUCACUACAACAGCAGCCAGAGAGGCGUCGCCGAGCAGUACGUGCUCUACAUGGUCAGUUAUCGUGGUUACCGUACGUGUGACCCACAGCUGGGCUUCAAACGCUGGGAGUGUAACCGUCCCCACGCCCCGCACGCACCAAUCAAAUUCUCUGAAAAGUUCCAGCGCUACAGCGCCUUCUCACUCGGCUACGAGUUCCACGUCGGGCAGGAGUAUUAUUAUAUCUCCACACCCACUCAUCACCACGGCCGGAGCUGCCUGAGAUUAAGAGUGUAUGUCUGCUGCUCAACAGGAUCUGAUUCAGAUGAUGAGCCCCAGCCCACAGAGCCAGACUACACUCUAAGACCCAACAUCAAAAUCGAUGACCUCGAUGACUACGAUAAUCCAGAGGUCCCGAAAUUGGAGAAAAGCAUCAGCGGAAGCAGUCCAUCCAGAGAUCGCCUUCUCCUAACCGUGGCAUCACUUUUCCUCAUCACCCUUUCGGUCUCCUAGCAUCCACAUCCUAAACGUUGCAUACCAACGUGGCCUUGGGGAGGGGGGAAAGAAAGGGUCCAGGGCCUUUAAAUUUGCAGAUAAAGACUAGGAAAGCAAUGGGAGAUGGAAUACUUGAUGCUGCAGCAGCUUACAGAGUGUCAAGCACCAGCCCACAAUUCAACAGUGGUUUCCAUAUCUUAUAACAGAGACACACUUUGCGUGUCACGCAGAUAAUACUAAUACACCAUAAUGAUAACUGUGCCAUUUCAAUUACAAUAGUCCGAAUUGUUUGUUUGUGUGCGUGCGAGUUUUUGAGUGUUUAUGCGUUUGUGUGGCGCCUCCGGUGCUCGGGGGCGGAGUGGAUCUUUACUUCGGUCUGAAGGUUUGAUGGCUCUAUUAUCUGUGAAUUGGCAGGUUAAAAGUUUAAAAGCAUCUCGGAUUCUGUUUGAUGAGAACUGAAAUGAAACCAUCUAGAAGUUCAGGUUACUCGAACCCAGGAAAAAAAACUGAAGCGCUGUUUAAUCCAAUUCUAGAAGUAUUUGUUUCUCUCUGUGUAUUUCUGUUGCCAGAGAGACGUACAAACCGCUGGAUGAUCAUGGAAUUGCCGUUGGGGAUGAACAGCAAUAUUCAUUUGAUGAGUUUAAACAAGUCUAUAAUAGAAACCGAUCUCACAAGUCAAAAUCAACUCAUUUUGGACUUUAUAAAUUGUUGCCUCGUCAAAAGAAAAGCAUUAAAAUCCACUUACAUCUGAUUCUUGUGGUCGCACUUGAAAGCAAGGGCCGAUGUGGUUGUUCUGUGAUGCAGAGAAUUGAGACAGAAGUGAUUUUGCACGAGCGCAAACACAAGCGCGUUGAACACAUUGAGACAAACAGAAGCCAAAUAGCUUUUUUUGUUGUUUUCGUUCCUUCUCCUUUUUGAUAAAAGGUGCUUGAGUGUGUGAGUGAUUGCAAGCGUAUGUGUGUAUGUGUAUGUGUGUAUUCGCUCAGUGAUGCUGGAAAAAUCUCCUGUAGACUUUAUGGACUUCAAUCGGAGGUGGACACCUACACAGACACUGUACAUAAAACACUUGCAUUUAUUUAUGUGUGGACGUCCUCCGAUUAUUUUUUCGGACAACGCUGGUUCCUGCUGGAUUCGGAAAAGCUCCAAACCAGCUUUUGGCUGGUUCAUUCCAGUUCGAACCAGUUCCACUCAUCGCUGCCUGGUACUUGACUGCUUUCUGAGGUGAUCAACAAGACCAAAUGGAAAUCGAGAGGUCUGGUGGUUAUAAUCCGUUUCUACGGCAACAAUUAUUCAGCUAUACACACACACCUAAAGGCAUUAGAGUCCAGCAGGAAAUAAGAACAACACACACAGUAAGAAAUAACAGCAAUUGCUGACAACGAUUCUGGUGACACUUUUGCCAAGAGUAAUACAAGCAAACAAAUGCUUCGAGGCAGGUAGUUAUUGCAUUCUUGCAAGCUUUUCAAAGGAUAAACGGCAGCGUAUGCAUCAAUCAUUUUACAACAAGGUUCAAAAUUAAGGUUCUAACUCUUUUAGACUAGCACCUUAUCACAAAGGCAAUGACAUCAUAUCAUGGCUCACAAUGAUUGCAGCAACCAGCGCCGCUUUUCGCCCUAGAGACAAGCAAAUACUGCUUAAACUAGCGAUGGCAUGUGGUUUAGGAGAAAUGAUGUGUGGUAGAAGUUUUCUUACAUAGAGUCAUAAUGUACACCUUCUCUCACAGCUGCAGGCUGUAUCUUUACAUAUUGAUAAAGCCGUUUUAUUGUAUCAUUCCGCUUUUGCUCUGAAAAAUCAUUUCAGUUUAUGUGGAACAUUACGUCUGCUUUGUAUUCCAUUACUACGGUUUCACACAAAGCAACUUCAGAACAAAUGAACACUAAUUUGAAUGCUCAGAAUGAUACUUUACAGACUUGAAUCUACAUUUAAUUUGUUUCAUGUGGUCAUUUCUAGGCAUUGGGUUCAGAAUAAGUAGGGUUUUGUGCUUUUGGGUUUUUCGGAAAAAUUUGUUUUUCUGAUGGAAUAAUGUCAUAUUUCAGAAGAGUCGAUCAGGCAAAGAAUCACUCUUCAAAUGUUGCACUUACAAAAACUUGGACACGAGAAUUGUACGUGUGUGUUAGAGACUGCAAUUGUUAGAAGAUGACGUUUGUCUUAAAACUAGCCUAAAUAACCUUUCAAUUUUUGUGUUUGUGUGUGCGAGUAUGAAAGAAUGAGAUCAAGGGGUAAUAAAGAUAAAGGACUGUG